AUGUCAUAUACCCUGGCUUUGCUGUAUCUCACCAUUAUGCCACAAUUUUCUCCAUAUCCGCAAUCUGACAUGUUAAGGGACUUUGGUAUUACUGAAGAACAACCGGUUUUCGAUUACAACGUUAGAGAGAUAGAAGCAUCUCAAGCAUCUCAUGACCCGCCAUUCGUACGCUUUGUCAAGUGUAUCUUUUACGGUACAGACUGUACCAAACCGUUCUUGGUCAAGGUGCCAUACCAUGUUGGGAUGCAUAACCAGCAAACUGUUUCUUCUCUUGACACAAGCUACUGGUUACCACAAGGCGCCAGCGGUGCGAUGGUAGUCUUUACUCCCAAAGUCUACGAGAUAUGCUCCCCCCCCCAAGAAGAUUCUGAAGGAGAGUCCGUGUCUUCUCAGGAUGAAGCUAAUGUUGAACGUCUUUAUUCAAUCAUUUAUUCACCACAACCCCGAGAGGGUGUUCCCCAUGGAUUGAGGGUCAACCAGCUCGUUCACAGUUUCGAGGAGGAUUUAGCAGAUGAUUGUCUGGGUAAUAUGCUGAUCGCGUCGCGUCGAUUCAACGAUUCUCUUUGGGACACCAGUGAAAACGAUAUAUCCAGAGCCAAUGUUGUUCUGAUAAGUGCUGUGGACAGUGAUGAAUUUGUCGAACUUGAUUGGCAGACAGUACUAGGAGAAGUAGAUAUAUCGUAG